AUGGGCAACUCAGAAGAUCAAGUAAGGAUUUCACCUGCCCCUCCGUUGAUGCCUCCGGCACCCGAGGCGCUCGAACUUGGCACUCCGACGAGUCUUCGAUCUCGGUCUAGUCAAGAAGACCCCGAGUCCAGCCCGCUAGCAUGGCUUUGCGUUGUAGGGUCUUUCAUGUUUCUGUACCCGACAUACGGACUCAUGCAAUCCGUCGGAACAUUGCAGUCAUACCUGCAGCUCAACCAGCUCAGUGAUUACUCUGCUCGUGAUCUCGGAUGGAUUAGCGGUAUCUUCACCUCUCUAGCCAUGCUCCUGGGCAUCCAGACAGGACCUCUGAUGGAUGCCUAUGGUACAAAGUUCCUGGCUCCCAUAUCUGCGGCUAUCCUCAUCCCCAUGUUCUUCCUACUAGCUGAGUGCAAGGAGUAUUGGCAAUUCAUCCUAUGUCUGGGCAUCUUGGGUGGUGUCGGCGCCGCGAUCACAUCGACCGUCGCCAUGGCCGUCAUCGGGAAGCUUUUUCACCGCCGUCGUGGCCUUGCGAUGGGCAUCGCCCUGUCAGGAUCGUCUUUCGGCGGCGUUACUCUCUCGAUGAUGUUCCGCUCUCUUCUGCCGCGCCUGGGUUGGCAGUGGGCGAUGAGAUCGGCCGGAUUCCUGGUCCUUGGCGUCAUGGUAGUAGGCGUCCUCUGCUUCCUUCCCUUUCCGAGGCUGACCGCGUCGUCAUCCUCGGCCCCUAUCGGUAACAGAGGAGCUGCUCUCAACUUUCAAGCGUUCAAGUCGCCGCCGUUCGACUUCAUGGUCAUGGCCCUCUUUCUCCUCGAGUUUGUCUUGUUUGGCAUCACUGGUCUUCUUCCUACUUUUGCUAUCGCUGCCGGCUUCCCUUCAGACACUGGGUUUUCCCUCAUCGCUGUUCUCAACGGAUGCUCCUGCAUCGGUCGCAUCACGUCCGGACUUGCCGGAGACCGUUUCGGCCACCUUAACGUAAUACUUUUCAUGAUCCUAUUCACCGUGACCUGCACCUCCGUAGUUCUGGUACCUUUUGGAACGAAGCAUAUCGGAGCUCUUUACGCUUUUUCAGCGUUGUGGGGCAUAGGUUCAGGAGCCUUCCUAUCCAUUCCACCAGUUUGUAUAUCAAAGACCUGUGAGCCCAAGGAUUAUGGGAGAUAUCUAGCCGCUGACAAGAGUCUGAACGUAGGCACCAUGAACUUUGUUACCAGCUUCUCUCUUUUGAUCGCCGUACCCGUUGGCGGGCAAAUGCUCGAGUCUAUGGGCGGGACUGCGCUCUCCGGUUUCUAUGUCGCUCUCCUCCUCCUAGGCGGCGUUUCUUACUUUGCUGCGCGUUCUCUGCUUGUUGGCGGUUGGUUCACGUUUAGAACGAUCAUUUGA